AUGACAACCCUUUCAUCACAAUCACAACCUAACCUCCUCCGACGGUUGCAACAAUUAUCUCUCAACUCGCCAACUCCCACAUCCCUUUUCUACGCUAGGAUAUGGCACAGUCUUUUCCCAAGUACCGAUAACGAUCAUGAAUCUUUACAUACAUUAGCAGUGUGCUUUCUACAAUCUGAGGAACCAUAUUCUGCCUUACACCUGGUCCGGGAUUCUGCUGGCGUAGACUUUCCAGACGACGAGAGCGAUCCAAGGAGGAAACAAAUACCUUGUUAUGGAUGUGCCUUGAUGGUGGCGAAAUGCUGCCAAAAAAUAGGAAGGUUCAGUGAAGGUCAAGCUGUCCUGAACAGAGCUCUUAAGAGAUGUUCACCUACCGGUUUACCAACGCCUUCACCUGCUUCAACAUCUGCCUCUGCUCAUUUAACAUUAGCUUGUUUGUCGCAUAAGGGUAAAGCACCAGAAGCUGCUGUAGAGAACUAUCAAAAAGCAUUACAAGAAGAUCCUUGGCUUUGGGAAGCGUUCACUGGUUUAUGUGAUAUAGGUUCUCCACCUUCGCUGGAAAGUAUAUUCCUUGAUCCUCCUGUACCUUCACGAACAUCUUCAACUCGUACUUCUCGUCCACCAACCUUAUCACCUAAUCCGAUGCCACGAAGUUCAGCAUCUGAAAUGCCAGGUUUCUUACCUACGCGAAAGCAGAUAUCCUAUUUAGGAAGUAACGGUGGUAAUGGGGGAGGGAGCGGAUUCUUCACACCUGAUGUAGGCGGCGGUGCCUCACAUAGAUUGGGUAUGAUGGGUAAUCCAUCAAGCUGGGACACUCCUUCUGUGAUGGGAGAUACAACAUUCCAACUUCCUGAUCAACCUCCUCUUCCCGUUGCGUCCAAACGACCGCUUCCCAAUCUAAUGUCAACUUUCAUGCCACCCGCUUCCCAUCUCAUACCGACAACAUCACGUUCCAACGCUUCUACACCGGUGAACGAACUUGCACCACCGAAACUUCCAGCUAUGAAACGUGCCAGAGGAAAAGAUGCAGCUAAGAAACCAAUUGAAACUCCACAAUCCCAAAUCAAUUCGAAUUUGCCCUUGGCGAGAGAACUGAGACCCAAUGGAUUCGGUCAUGGAGUAUCAGCAAGAGAUCUGAAAUCACUUGAACUGAAUGGUCAUGGGAUUGGGAUUGGGAUUGGGAAUGGAAAUGCCAUUGAUUCAGACUUACCCGUAAGAAGGAGUUCAAGAUUGAAGACAACGUCAACGUCAAAACAACCAACUAUGUCGAAAGUGAAUCAUGCGAGAUCGAGAACGACUAGAUCAAAAUCUGUCACGUCUUCAACUUCAGGUCAAACGGUUGAUACAACUUCUCCUCCUUCAAUGGAAACUUAUCUCCAAGCUGUCGCAGAUGAAUAUCUCAGAGACAUAGUAAGAAGAUGUGCGAAAGCUUACAGAUACUUAAGUUUAUAUCAAUGUCAAGAAGCCAUUUUGGAAUUGGACACUUUACCUGAAAAUGUAAAGAACAGUCCUUGGUCAUUGGAUCUGGUGGCUAGAGCAUUCUAUGAAAUGGCAGACUAUGUUCAGGCGCGAAGAGCAUUCACUCAAUUGAUCGAAAAAGAACCGUAUCGGUUACAGUCCAUGGAUCACUAUUCAACUCUGUUGUGGCAUCUAUCAGAUCCACCUGCGUUGUCACAUCUAUCUCAACAUCUGAUGUCCAUAAAUAAGGAAUCACCUCAAUCCUGGAUAUCAGCUGGUAAUUGCUUCUCACUUCAGAAAGAUCAUGAAGAAGCUAUGAAAUGCUUCCGUCGGGCGACACAAGUCGACCCCAAUAAUGCUUACGCUUGGACUUUAUGUGGUUAUGAAUCUAUCGAGAUGGAAGAAUAUGAGAGGGCUCUUAGUUACUUUAGGAACGCUGUUAGAGGGGAAGGGAGGUUCUACAACGCUUGGUACGGUAUGGGCUUAGUGUAUAUGAAAACGGGUAAAAUCAAAUAUGCCGAGCAUCAUUUCCGAAGAGCUGUGGAGAUCAAUCCUACGAAUGCUGUCUUAUUAUGCUGUGUUGGAAUGGUCCUUGAACAAUCGGAUGACAUUGUUCAAGCAAUACACUUCUACGAGAGAGCCGUGCAUUAUGCCCCUAAGAGUCCAAUGGUACAAUUUAAGCGUAUCAGAGCUUUGGUGGCCUUGCAACGAUUUGAUGAAGCUAUAUCAUUGCUUGAACCAUUAUCGACUCAAGCACCAGAUGAAGCCAACAUUUUCUUCUUACUUGGUAAAUGUUAUCUACGUAAAGAUAAAAGAUCAGAAGCGACAAUCGCUUUCACAACAGCAAGAGAACUACAACCUAAACUCGAAAAAGCAAUUAAAGCUACCUUUGAAGCUAACGGUGAAGAAGAAGAGGAAGAAGAAGAUUAA